AUGUCAAAACCCUCCCUGCAAAGGAGCCUCCAAGUUUUAAGUGGGAAAACCAGGGAAAGGGCAGCGCAGCAACCCUGUACGACACCAGCAGAGCUGCUUUGCACCAUCUUUCCUCGAGCAGAGGGACUCGGGCAAAGCAGUCCAGAAAUUUUAGAAAGGUUGGACGUAAGGGUUGGCUCCCAGCAACGAAACUGGGGGAAGGUCACUGCUCCGGGUGAUGUUUUGGGUCAGACCCUGCAAAUUGCUUUCACAUCGAGAGCUCCCACCCCGGCUCUCCCUGGACGGGCUCGCGUCUUCCCUCAGGCUUUCAGCCCCUGGGAGCCUGGUGAGUGCUGGUGCUCGGACGAGUCUCCCCCGCGGGGCAGUCCCGGGUGCCGAUGCCUUCACCGGCGGCAGGGAGCAGCUCCACACCAGUUCUCUCUCCGUGAGCGCUGGCAUCGAGCCCGGCCGCCUUUCACUGCUGCCUUUUCAUUCGCCUUAAUUCACUGCGUUUCCUUUCUUGCUGCUUGCGAGGAACAGAGGGAGAGCUUGUUCCAGCAGACGGGCCCCAUCCGCUCCACCCGGCUCUUGCUGGAGCGAGGGCUGGAAAAGAGGGACGGAGGCAAAGGGGUAUCUCCCACCCCUCCGGGGCCCCGCGUGCCGCCUGCGCGCCGCUUCCCAGCAAAUACGGGUGCUAGAACACUACCCCAGCCAUUGGAGGAUCAGAGGUUUGUGACAUGGAGGAGGAAACCUGGAGCCAGUAACACUGAGAUCAUCAGCUGGAUUGUGACAGAUGUGACAGAGGAGGCUGGAAAACCUCAGGCCGGAGGACACACUCCAACCCGGAGGACAAGGAGCCACACGCAGAUCUGCUCCUUAGCAGUGAAGCAAGGUGCAGCCGCUCUGUGCCGGGCACUGCGGAGCACACAAAUAAACACGGUCCCUGUGCUGGAACUUGCCGCCCCGGCUGACCGGGAGUAACUCGGCGUGGACCCGACCCAAAGGCUCUUCCCGGGCAGGGAAAGCAGCCCUGCGAGCCCCCGCGCCGUCCCGCUGGCCGGGGCUUGGCAGCGGGGGCUGCGGGCUGACAGCUGACGUCCUCCCCAGCCCGUUUCCUCCCGCCGCUGCCAAGCCACUCGCAGAGCACUUCUCGAAAUGAAUUUUCUGGAAAACAAAUUAAAGGAGGGGUUACAUCACGCAGCAGACAGCCCAGCCGGCACCGGGCUGCGCUGACAGACCCUGCCUGUGUUUUUUGGGCUGCGCCACAUUGCUCGCAGCUGCUGCUGGAAUCUGCAGCUCGCCAUCUAAAUCUGCCGUAACCAUGAAGUGAUCAAAGCGGCCCGAUGUUAUUGUCUGCUCUCUGAUGGACGGCGCGGGGCAGGGUCUCCCGGAAACCUCCACUUACUUCGGGUUUUUUUUCCCUUUGCAAAAACCCCAGACAAACAAAAUCGGGGAGGGGUGCAGGGAGCGGGAAGCAAAGGACACUCCAGCGGGUGUUACGGCAGCACAGUCGAGGUCUCGGGAGUCGGGAAAUUCCAGUCCCCGCAGCCUGCUGGUCGGAGUGC